GUCAUUUUGAUUGUAUCUUCAGCUGUCACCUUUUUCCCCGUUCUGGCGACGAGAGUGAAAACUUUACGGAUUCCUCUCUAUGUCUAUCUGUUCGCUCGCUACUUCGGAACAGGAGUCAUUAUCGCGACUGGCUUCAUCCAGUAAGUGUGAUGUAUGGUCGUUGUAAGCAUGAACAAGUUGUGGCUAAUGACCUCCCUAGCCUUCUCGACCCAUCCUACUAUGAGAUCGGCAUGAACACAUGCGUAGGAAUGACGGGCUCAUGGUACUUGUACUCGUGGCCACCUGCAAUUGCCUUGUCGACUGUGAUGUUGACCUUCCUAUUGGACUUCAUCGCCGAACGCUACGUGGAGAAAAAGUAUGGGAUCCCUCAACAGGAGAAUGUCAAUCCGACAGAGAAUAACCUCCGCUCUGGCUCAGUCGACGCGGCGAUGCUCCGAUACGAGUUCUCCCGACGUCGGUCAUCUGCCCACGGAGAUGGUGCGGUCGAUCGACCAAACGACACGAUUCAGCAACAUCAACCAUCAUCACAGAGAGAUGUGGCAGGGCGCAAGAACACACAGACAUUUGCUACCAUCGACGAGGAGAAAGAGCAUGCAAUGGCCGUGGCUUUCAGACAACAAAUCGCGGCCUUUUUGAUCCUUGAAUUUGGCGUCAUCUUUCACAGCGUCAUCAUCGGCUUGACACUUGGAUCGUCGGGUCCAGAAUUCUCCGUUCUGUACCCCGUCAUUGUCUUCCACCAGUCUUUCGAAGGUCUCGGUAUUGGAGCACGUCUAUCCGCAAUUCCCUUUCCGAAGAAAUAUCACUGGAUGCCUUGGUGGCUGUGUGCUGGUUAUGGUUUGACGACCCCAAUUGCCAUCGCGAUUGGCCUCGGCAUUCGAACCACGUACAACGCAAACAGCUACACGGCAAACGUUGUCGCUGGACUCCUGGAUUCAAUCUCCGCAGGUAUCUUGAUAUACACUGGACUGGUGGAGCUCAUGGCUAGGGACUUCUUGUUUAGCCCUGAACGAACCGACAACGAUAGGCAGUUGGCGUUUAUGGCUAUCUCGAUGCUCAUGGGGGCAGGGAUCAUGGCUUUGCUCGGGAAGUGGGCGUAGAUCGAGUCAUGUUAUCAUGCUACACCGCGCAACAUGGCCAGAGGGAGACUGCUAGCUAGUGUGGUGAACGAGUUGCAGAUGCCGGUCAAAUUAAUGAGGAACAGGGCUUCCGGGAGCGGCUUCAUAAGCGGGUGCAGGUCGUUUGAAGUAUUGUUGGC